AUUGUCUUUGUUUGCAAAAAAAAGUAAAAGUGAAAAGUAAGAAGUAAAAGAAACCAGAAUCUCAGUUUUGCACAACUUAUUAAUACUAAUACAGCAAAAGAGUAUUCCACCAACGCUCCCCUUUUUUGGGCUUAGGACCUUCUCUUCGGCUUAGAGUCUUUGUCUAGGUUUUGAAGAGAUCUUUUGGAAAGAAACACGCUCCCUGCAGCCGCAUUCCACUGUUUUUCACUUGUUUUCACUAGUUUUUGUCCGAAUCCACAAGAACUUGAGUGUUUUUCGUACCUAGGGUUCUUCAUUCUGGGUUCUCACUCUCUUUUCAAAGUAGUGUCACUCACCUCUUCGCUGCUGUUUCGCUUCUGGGGUUUCAGCUUUACUUGUCGGUGUGUGGGUGUCUCUUUCGAGUUCGUUUGCGCAAGUUUCAAGCCUCUGUUUGGCCUGGUUUUUAGCCAUGUCGUCGGCUAUGGACAAGGCUCUUAUGGCUAUGUCUUUGGAAGAAGAAGAGGAGGAUCUACCGUUUCAAAUGCCGGAUCUGCCAGAGUUUUUGUCUGUCGAGAGAAAUGUUAUCAGUCUCAUAGGUCGUACUCUGAACCCGGACUGCCAGAAAAUGAAGAAUCUCAUUCGUGAUAUGCCAAGGAAAUGGCAAAAGCCGGGAAGAAUGAGGGGAGUUGCUCUCUCGAAGGAAAAAUUCCAGUUCAUUUUCGACUCUGAACACGACCUGAAGGAAGUGUUAGACAAAGGACCUCACACCUAUAAUGAAUGGUCCUUGGCUGUUGAUCGUUGGUAUGAGAAUCCGCCCCUAAACUACCUGCAAACCAUCCCUAUUUGGGUCCAGAUCUCGAAUCUACCUGUUAACUACUACACGUCAAAGGCUAUAACGGCUCUGGGAGAGCUGCUUGGUGAGGUUAAAGAAGUCGCCUUUGACCCAAAUGCCCCCCAGGUGGAUGGGUAUGUGCGGGUUAAAAUUUUAUUCGAUGUUUCUAGACCACUCCGACGAUCAAAGGUCCUGGCGCUGCCAAAGGGAGGAUCAACAACUAUCCGCUUCCAAUAUGAAAAAAUACAAAAGAGGUGCUAUGAGUGCCAAAGGUUAACACAUGAGAAAGAUUUCUGCCCGAUACUGGUUAAGAGAAGACAAGAGGUAGCUGAGGCUAGAAGAGCGGGAGUUUCAACUUUAAAAGGCAGCAAGGAACCUUUCUUAAAGGAAUCAGACCCUUUGUUUGGGGUUCUGAGGGAGAACCAAGUGGGUAUCGAUCCUAUGACAGGAAGACAGAGGAUAGCUGAGGAGGUAUUGGAAGGUAUGAGGCAAUACCUAAAAGCCAAUACCAAUGAAGAUCUGCAGAUCAAAGUAGAAAGGGUUAAAAAAUCGGUUGGAGAAGUCGAAAAGGAUCCUUUAGCUCAGAAGUCCAUUCUGAGGUUAGAAAGUCCUCCCAUCAUCCAUCAAGAUGUAAACAAGAACAAAGGCCUAGUCUUUGGUUAUGAGAGCUCGACCUCGUCUAUGAUACAGAGGAUUCCUGUCACCAAUGCCAUGGCAGUGGAGAGGAAGUUCAGGUCUAGGCCUGUGAACCCUGAUCUUUCUAUCCGGAUGGAGGCUGAGGAUUCUUCUUCUUCUGACCUGCCAGGUUCCUUUCUAGCUUUGUCCCAGCCUUUUCAGGAUGGUGCAACGGUUUUUAGGCCCGGCUCCUUUGCAGCAGGGUCUUCCGGCACUAUCCUCAAAAAGCCCAAAGCUAGACGUCGGCCCCAGAGGAAUGCAAGGAAACCCAAGCCAAAGCUUCCAAACAUUGCUGAGGGAGAUAUUGAAAUCCAAAAGGGUCUAGAACAAGGAGUUAAAGAGAAGAGAAAAGCAGAUGAGGAGGGUAUAAGCACUGCAAAAUCCACAAAGCUUAACCCCAGAGAGGUAAUCCCAAAUGAGGGAUUGCCCAACCAGCAAUGAGCAUUCUGAGCUGGAAUUGCCAGGGAUUGGGACGGUCUCAAGAUCUGGCUUUUCCCCGUCUCAAGGAACUCCGUAAA